AUGAAGAUACAGUGCGAUGCCUGUGAAGCUGCGGCGGCAGAGGUGGUUUGCUGUACGGAAGAGGCGGCGCUAUGCGGCGGCUGCGAUCUCAGAAACCAUGCAGGAAAUACGAUGGCCACCAACCACCAGCGUCUUCCGCUCUCCACCGCCCUGAGGCCCAGGUGUGAUACUUGUCAGGAAACAUUGGGAUGGUUCUUUUGCUUGGAGGACCGAGUUGUGCUGUGCAGGCAAUAUUUGAUUGUACGGUUUGCGCUUGUCUUGGGCGGCUAUGUAAAUUUAGUUGUGCUAGGCCGCUCCUCGGAUCUCUGCAGCCAUUCCAGACACAUAGCAAUAUCUCAUCUAUCUCUUGGCUCGGAUCCGAAAGUUCCCAUGGAUGAGAUCACUUCCGGUGUGGCCAACAUGGUGUAA